AUGAAUAACUCCACGAACAUAAGUUAUCUGGAGGAUAGAAUGACCAUGCCAAGCCCUUAUAAAACAGUUGAGGUUGUCUUCAUUGUCCUGGUGGCGGGGUCCCUCAGCCUGGUGACCAUCAUUGGGAACAUCCUGGUUAUGGUGUCCAUUAAAGUCAACAGGCACCUACAAACUGUCAACAAUUACUUUCUUUUCAGCUUGGCCUGUGCUGAUUUGAUCAUUGGUGUCUUUUCCAUGAACCUGUACACAAUUUACACUGUGAUAGGCUCCUGGCCUUUAGGACCUGUGGUUUGUGACUUGUGGUUGGCCCUUGACUAUGUGGUCAGCAAUGCCUCUGUCAUGAACCUUCUCAUAAUCAGUUUUGACAGGUAUUUUUGUGUGACCAAGCCCCUAACCUAUCCGGUCAGGCGGACCACUAAGAUGGCAGGGAUGAUGAUUGCAGCUGCCUGGGUACUCUCUUUCAUCUUAUGGGCCCCUGCGAUUCUCUUUUGGCAGUUUAUUGUAGGAGAAAGGACGGUACCCAAUAAGGAAUGCUACAUCCAAUUCCUCUCCAAUGCAGCCGUCACCUUUGGCACAGCUAUUGCAGCUUUCUACCUGCCUGUUGUGAUCAUGACCAUUCUGUACUGGCAAAUAUCCCGCGCUAGUAGGAGCAGGAUAAAAAAAGAGAAGAAGGAGGGUGGUCAGAACCAGGAUCCGGCAUCCCCAAGUGUAGUUCAAAGUAAAAUAGGGAAACCAAAUAAUAACAACCUCCCAACCAAUGAAGAUGGGACUGAACACAAUAAAAUCCUAAAUGGUAAAGCCCCUGGCGAGCCAGUGGUGGAGAAUUGUGUUCCAGCAGAAGAAAAAGAGAGCUCAAAUGACUCCACCUCUGUCAGUGCAGGUGCUUCCAAUGUGAAAGAAGAUGAAGCAAUCACAGAGAAUGCCAGGGCUUCUGUCUCCCAAGUUAAUGCAAAAGUGGAGAAUUCUAAAUUGACUUGCAUUAGGAUACUCACAAAGUCCCCCAAAGGAGAUUAUGAUGGCUCUACUAAUACUGCUGUGGAGAUUGUAGCCACUGAUGGACAACAUGGAGAGGAGAAGCAGAACAUUGUAGCGCGUAAGAUUGUCAAGAUGACAAAACAGCCUGCCAAAAAGAAGGCCCCUCCUUCCAGGGAGAAAAAAGUGACCAGGACUAUUUUGGCUAUUCUGCUGGCCUUCAUCAUUACUUGGACACCAUACAAUGUCAUGGUACUCAUCAACAGCUUCUGUUCAUCAUGUAUUCCCAACACAGUAUGGACAAUCGGUUACUGGCUGUGCUAUAUCAAUAGCACCAUCAACCCUGCUUGCUAUGCUCUCUGCAAUGCUACCUUCAAGAAAACCUUUAAGCAUCUCCUUAUGUGUCACUACAAGAACAUAGGAGCCACGAGGUAA